UAGUUUCCAUACUUACACUGGUGCUAUACAUACUUCUUCACUCAUUCUCUUGUUUACAAAGUAAGAACCCUAAUAGAAAUUUGUAGAAAUUUGUUGAACUUGUUGUAAUGGCUGAAGUAUUGUGGAAGAGAGGGAGAAUAUUAGGUAAAGGAGGUUUUGAUUUUGUUUCUUUAGCAUCGACUACUACUUUCAACUUCUAUGAUGAUCAAACACUUGACGAUGUUCACCUUCCACCUCUCAUUGCCGUAAAAUCUUGCAUGUUAAGUCAUUCUCAGUCUUUUCAAGAUGAAAGGGAAUUCCCAAAGCUGUUUCAAGAUUCUCCUUAUGUAAUCCGCUGUUUUGGAGUUAGUAUGACUGAAGAAGAUCAGUUGUUCCUUUACAAUUUAUUGCUAGAGUAUGCCUCUGGUGAGAGCCUAGCAGAUUGCCUUAAAAACAAUUAUUCAGGGAAAGGGCUACCAGAGUUUGAAGUUCGAAAGCACGCAAAGAAUGUACUUUUGGGGCUCAGUCAAGUUCACGGCCGAGGGAUCAUUCACUGUGAUAUAAAGCCGCACAAUAUUCUUCUUGUGGGCAAUGAUGAAGUUGCCAAAAUUGCUGAUUUUGGACUUGCUCUGACUUUGGAACAGAGCUGGAAUGGAAAUCACGGGUUGAGAGGAACGAGAAGGUACAUGGCACCAGAAUCAGUGCUCCACCACGAGUACGGACAGGAAGUUGAUAUUUGGGCUGUUGGUUGUACGGUCUAUGAGUUGCUUACUGGAACACCACUGUGGAAAUCGAAUGAAGACGAUGCAAAGGCGGAUGUGCUAGACCGAAUUGCAUCCGAGGAACCAAAUCUUGAGAAUGAGAAACUGUCAAGAGAAGCAAUAGAUUUUCUCAGAAGUUGUCUAGUCAAGAAUCCUUGCUCGCGGUGGACUGCUGAUAUGCUUUUGAAGCAUCCGUUUUUGAAUUUGUCCAAAUUAGUUGAUCAGCCUGCAAAGAAAAGGAAGAAGCAAAGUUACAUGUCCCUUUUACGGAGACCGCACCACAAGACAGCAUUCAAGACACAGCCGCACAUUCGUGAUCUGAUUAUAGAACAUUGA